AACUAACAAACAACUCUACUUUAUUUGAUGCAGGGGAAGGUUGUAAAAUUACUUGAAAAAGAAUCCACCAAAGUUGUAGCUUAUGGAACGGUCGUUGUUGCUGGUGAUGUCCUACACGGAUCUCCAAUGCCCGAAGACUCGUUACGUGUGGCGAUUGAUGAGGUUGUCGAUGAGAAUGCACGACUACCCUUUCGUAUUUCAGAUGAGAUGGAGACCGUGGGAAGUGCCUUAGGAUCCCAUGUCGCAUGGCCUAGUGAUUUGGUGGUGGAGAAGUCAAUUGAGAAAUGCAAUAAGAAGGCAGUUGCAAAAAAUGUUGUCAAGGACUCCGUGGUGAAGAAUUUGUCAUCAUUGCCUGGAUCAUUGCUAGCACUAUACUAUAUGAUGGAGAAGUCGUUCACGGAUGUAGGAAUACAUGUGAAAAUAGACUUUGAAGUCUUCGGGCAGGAUAUUACAGUUUGGAUUCUAAAGAAGGAUGAUGUGAUUCCCUUCUGUAAUCUGGAACCGAGUACGGGGAACUGCAUUAUCACAUAUGUUUGUCAUUUGUAUGAAAAGAUGAAGAAAGAUGGAACUCUAGGAAAGUUUAUGUUUGUGUAUCCAUUUACCAUAUCUUGUGGAAAAUCAGUUGAGUCUAGAGCACGUGCAUUAUCAGAUAGGAUACUUGAGGCUACGUCAAAUCAGUUGGUAUUCGUUCCUUGCAACGUAGGUAAGCAUUGGAUUCUGACAAUCAUUGAUUUUGAGAAAGAUCGUGUGUUUUUGAUGGAUCCAAUUUCUCAUCGGAAUCGCGAUACGACAUGGAAAUCCGUCGUUGACACUGCGAUGAACCUUGUUAAUGCACGCAAGGGAAAAAAAUUCAAGAAAUCGGCAAGUUGGGAUAUAGUUAAGGGACCUAUCCAGCCUGAUUCGAACCAAUGUGGAUUUUAUGUCAUGAAGUUCAUGAAAGAUGUCAUCGCACACUAUAGCCUUCAUGCCCCCACGUCUGUGUCAUCAAUGGUAAGUAAAUGUAAUACUCUUGAUUAUUUAAUUUUCUAAUAGAACAUUUGUACU